AUGCCAGUCAACAGCACUGCCCUGCCUCUAGGCAGCAUCACCUACAUCGUCGUGGAGAUUCUCAUUGGGCUCUGUGCCAUUGCGGGCAACGUGCUGGUUAUCUGGGUCAUCAAGCUGAACCCCAGCCUACAGACAACAACCUUCUAUUUCAUCGUUUCCCUCGCCAUGGCUGACAUCGCUGUGGGUGUGCUGGUGAUGCCUUUGGCUGUGGUUGUCAGCCUGGGCAUCGUAAUCCACUUCUACCACUGCCUUCUCAUGACCUGCCUGCUGCUCAUCUUCACCCAUGCCUCCAUCAUGUCCUUGCUGGCCAUCGCAGUGGACCGCUACCUGCGGGUCAAGCUCACCCUGAGGUACCGGAGAGUCACUACUCAAAGAAGAAUAUGGCUGGCCCUGGGCCUCUGCUGGCUGCUGUCGUUCCUGGUGGGGCUCACCCCCAUGUUUGGCUGGAACAUGAGACACUCCUCAGAGGGCAGAAGCAGCAAUGAGACUGCCCUUGUGUGCCAGUUCCGCUCUGUGGUGAGGAUGGACUACAUGGUCUACUUCAGCUUCUUCACGUGGAUCUUCAUCCCUCUGGUGGUGAUGUGUGCCAUCUACCUUGACAUCUUCUACAUCAUUCACAACCGACUCAGCCAGAAUGUCAAUAGCUCUAGAGAGACUGGAGCCUUCUACGGACGGGAGUUCAAGACGGCCAAGUAUUUGUUUCUGAUUCUCUUCCUUUUUGCUUUGUCCUGGUUGCCUCUGUCCAUCAUCAAUUGUGUCCUCUACUUCAAUGUUGAUGUGCCACGAGGUGUGCAAUACUUGGGCAUCCUGCUGUCGCAUGCCAACUCCAUGAUGAACCCCAUCGUCUACGCUUGCAAAAUAAAGAAGUUCAAGGACACCUAUCUCUGCAUCCUCAAAACCUGUGUGCUCUGCCAGCCGUCGAUUUCUUGA